AUGAAUAGGUUGUUGGCAAAAUUUCGUCAUGAUAGUGAGGAAGAAGAAGCACGACGCCUCGCAAAUGAAGCAGCCAUUGUUGCAACAGCGGCCGGGUAUGAGAUCGAGUGUUCUGACCAACCUCGACAACGUGGUUCAAGGACAGGUUGCGCCCCAAAUGUGGAAAGAUUACGAGAGUCACGAGGCAAGGAUCUCAUGGAAGACUAUUUUGUCGAGCGUCCGGUGUUUCCACAUUUAGAUUUUCGUCAACGUUACAGAAUGCAUCGUCCUCUAUUCGAGAGCAUCUUAACAGUGGUAACACAAUACGAUGAUUAUUUCAUUCAAAAGGCAGAUGCUCUUGGUGUGUUAGGUUUAUCACCCCAUCAGAAGCUAACUUGCGCAUUAAGAAUGCUUGCGUACGGUGCCGGUGCAAAUCAAUGUGCUGAGAUAACUAAGAUGGGAGACUCUACUGCACUUAAGUCAUUGAAGAGAUUUUGUAGAGCAAUAGAAGGUAUAUAUACUUCUUAUUACCUUCGUUCUCCUACACAUGAGGAUCUUCGUAGGCUUCUCAAGAAAGCUUGA